AUGACUCCUGCUGAGCCGAAGGAGUUGAAGGAGCAGUUGCAAGAGCUACUGGAUAGUGGUUUCAUCAAACCGAGUACUUCUCCAUGGGGUGCUCCAGUUAUGUAUGUCAAGAAGAAGCAUGGUUCCUUUCGUUUUUGUAUCAACUACAGGCAGUUGAAUAAGGUUACCAUUAAGAAUAGAUAUCCUCUCCCUCCCAUCAAUGAAUUGUUUGAUCAGUUGCGGGGAUUUCUCUCGAAUAUUUGCACUUUAACUAAGCUGACACCGAAGGGUGUGAAGUUUGAGUGGAACAACAAGAAUUCUGAGUUUGUUAUUGUGGACGGAGUUCUCAGCGAGCGGAAGUUGUCUGGCGCUGAGAUUAUUCAGGUUACCUCGGAGAAGGUACCGUUGAUUAAACGUAGGUUGGAAAUUGCGUUUAGUCGACAUAAGAUUUACGCUGAUCCGAAGAGGAAAGACAUCAAGUUUCAGGUUGGUGACUUCUUGUUUCUUUGGGUUUCUCUUAUGAAAGGCGUGGUUCGUUUUUGUGUCAAGGGGAAGUUGACAAAGAGACGGAGUCCGAUAUGCGGAAACGUUAUCACUACCUUUUUCCUUAAGGUACAUGGGGCUUAUGCUUAUGUAUUUACGCUUUGA